AUGACAGGAAAGGAAGGGGCCGUGUUAUCGGAAAGUUUAAACAAACCGAAAACAGUCUGCCCUACUGAGAAUGGAGGGAACAACAGCCACCAGCUUUCAAAGAGCAGCGCUACGCAUCCGCCCAGAUGUACCGGAUUCGGCAUCCAAGAGAUUUUGGGGCUCAAUAAAGAACCGUCGUCAGCCCCACGGAGCGCACUGGAAUCUCUGCCCGCAGGAGCGCAUUUGCUAGCCGCCAGGUCUAUGCUCGGUCCUGCUGGUGUUGGGGUCGGGAUGGGAUUAAUUGGCCCUGGAGGUAUUCCGUCGUUUUAUAGCCAGCCAGCAUUUUUGGAAGUCCUUUCAGACGCUCAAAACGUCCACUUGCAGCCUCUCAACAGGACAGUUGGACCGCUGGAGACCAGCCAAUCCGCAAGUUCAGAUUCAGAGGAUGUUUCAUCCAGCGAAAAAAAACUAUCAAAAUCCUCCCUGAGCCAGAGCAAGAAAAGGAAGAAAAGACGACACAGAACUAUAUUUACCUCGUAUCAGUUAGAGGAAUUAGAGAAGGCCUUUAACGAAGCACACUAUCCUGACGUGUACGCAAGGGAAAUGCUCGCGAUGAAGACGGAACUUCCUGAAGACAGAAUACAGGUCUGGUUCCAGAACCGUCGGGCUAAGUGGAGGAAGAGAGAGAAGUGUUGGGGUCGCAGCAGCGUGAUGGCCGAGUACGGUCUCUAUGGCGCCAUGGUCCGCCACUCAAUCCCGCUUCCCGAGUCCAUCCUUAAAUCGGCCAAGGAUGGCAUAAUGGACUCCUGUGCCCCCUGGCUGCUGGGGAUGCACAAAAAGUCUUUGGAGGCAGCCGCAGUCCCGUCAACCGGGAAGUCCGACGUCAGCAAGCAACCGGCCAAUCAGAAGGGAGAAGAGGUAGAAGCAGAAGAGAGGAGGACAGACUGCAAGACGCCCAUUUCCAAAGAGGAACUGAGGGAGAACAGCAUUGCUGCUCUCAGGGCAAAAGCACAGGAGCACAGCGCUAAAGUGCUAGGAACAGUUUCCUGUGAAAGACUGGAAAGCAAGAAUGAACCGAAGGUGGUGACGGAGGAAAAAUCUAGCGAGCGCUCGGAUUCACAAGAGGAGGAGCAGAGCUCUUAG